UGUACAGUACAAUUGGUCAGCAAUCUUGGCAGCUUUCAGGUAUAUAAGAAGACCAUUACAUUAUUUGUUUUACAGAAGCUGAAAACCCUGGUUAAAAUAGUGAUAUUCUGAGAUCCUGCAAACAGUACAACAAUGCCUCCUCCCGGUGUGUGCGUGAGUAUAAUGCAGGAGCGCCACAAGAAAGAGGGUGUUGGGAGCCUUGCCAACCCAGAGAAACACAGCAACCAAGACUUCCAGCAGCUGAAGCAAUACUGUUUGGUCAGGGGGGUAAGGUAUAUCGAUGAGAUGUUCCCCCCAGACCACAACUCCAUUGGUGAUGGGCUACUUUCCCCUGAUGACAUGGGCAGGGUGGUGUGGUUGAGACCAGCGAAAAUGGUACGGAAUCCAGAUUUUAUUGUUGAUGGAAUUUCAAGGUUUGACUUUGGGCAAGGAAUAGUUGGAGAUUGCUGGUUUCUUGCUUCCAUUGGGGCUUUGACGUUCCAGAAGCACAUCCUGGAGCAAGUAGUGCCCCUAAAGCAAAGCUUUAAAGAUGACUACUGCGGAAUAUUCCACUUCCGGUUCUGGAGGUUUGGGAGGUGGGUGGACGUUGUGAUCGAUGACAAGCUACCAACAGUUGACGGCAGGCUCAUUUUCGUUCAUUCAAAAACUCCCAAUGAGUUUUGGCCAGCCUUGAUGGAGAAAGCCUACGCCAAGGUGUGUGGCUCCUACGCAGACAUGAAUUUAGGGACCCCUUCAGAGGCUAUGAUGGACUUCACUGGAGGGGUUCACAUCACGUUCAAGCUCACUGACGCUCCACCAAAUCUGUGGGACCUCCUGUUCAGAGCUGCCAAGUCAAAAUCUCUGAUGGGGUGUAACACACCUCAAGGGGAAACAUCAGCGAACACGGUGGCACCCAACGGAUUAGUGAGGGGACAUGCCUACACCGUCACAGGAGUUAGCCAGAUCAUGAGACAAGGCAGGCCAGUGAAUCUGAUACGCCUCUUCAACCCCUGGGGCCAGGGAGAGUGGAAGGGAGGCUGGAGUGAUACGUCCUCCAUGUGGCAAACAGUGAGUCCUGACGAACGGAAGAUGUGUCUGUCAGCGAAAGAGGAUGGGGAAUUCUGGAUGACAAUGGAAGACUUCUGUCAGCACUUCACCGAUGUGACUAUCUGCUGUCUGUGUCCUGAUUUUCUUGACGGCAACUCUGAAGGUCAUUGGACGCCCUCCUUCCAUGAUGGCAGAUGGGUUGCAGGAACCACUGCUGGUGGUUGCAUGAAUUUCCCAGACAGUUUCUGGACAAAUCCCCAGUAUCGGGUGAAGAUUGAGGGAUUAGACAGGGACUGCUCUGAGACACAGGGGGACAACAACAUGUUGGUGUCUCUGAUGCAGAAGCCUGACAAGAGAAACAGACGCCUGGUCAAAAGUCUCCACAUUGGCAUCAACAUCUUCGAGGUGCCUGCCCAAUUCAAAGGCCAGAGGGGGAAGUUUCCUGCCUCCUUCUUCAACACCAAUGUGCCUGUCGCCCAAUCCAAGAAAUACCUGAACGCUCGGACAGUGGUGCUAUUCUCCAGGCUGAAACCUGGUGAAUACCUGAUUGUGCCAUCAUCCUUCCAACCAAAUGAAACCGCCUCCUUCAUCCUGUCCAUCCUCUCCAAAGUGAGGUCCCAAAUCCAUGAAAAUUCGAAUGACCAAGAUAUGGAGGAAAUCCCAAAGCCCACGCCUACUCACAAUAAAGAAGAUAUGGACAACAAACAAACUCUGUUUCGGCAAUAUUCUGAUCAGUUUGAGGAGGUGGAUGCCGAACAACUUCAAAGGACUCUGAAUGAAACUCUCCUCCAGGGAAAUGCAAAGAAAACACAAGGCUUCAGCUUGGAGUCCUGUCGAAGCAUGGUGGCCUUAAUGGAUACAUCAAUCACUGGAAAACUGAACUGUGCUGAAUUUAUGUGUCUGUGGAGAAAAGUUACCAUGUACAAGGAUAUCUUCUUCCGUUCAGAUGUGGACCGUUCUGGAAUGUUGUCAUUGAGUCAACUGAGGAACUCAAUCAUGGCUACAGGGAUCAGGCUGAGUGAUAAUCUGCUGAACCUCAUUGCUCUGCGCUACGGUGGAUCUUCCGGAAACAUCAGCCUGGAGAGUUUCAUCAGCCUCGUCCUACGCAUGGACCGCAUGGCCAAAAUAUUCAGACAACUCAACGAUGGAGGGACCAUAUCUCUUCGAGACAAUGAGUGGAUGUACGUCACUAUGUAUGCUUAAACUACAGACCAAAUAGGAUGGACAGAAGACCGUUAGAAUCGUAAGGCUUGAAAAAAGUGCUACGGUUGUGCUUUGCUGGACAAAUCAUUCAUUUCUGCAAUGUUUUCUGGCUUUUUCGUUGCACUUCGACUUGAUAUAGUAUCUUGAUUAAAUCCCACAGCACUUUUUCUUAAUAAAGAAAUAAUAAAUAAUAAUACUUUUUCUUAAUUUUCUUUGCACCUUGAACUCGUCUUUUCUUACUAGCACUGACUUUGCUGAUAGUUGCUACUUUAAGGAAAAAUGUACUUAGGCUGCUUGUGACUGAUAUGUGGUUGUCUCACCUAGCCAUCUUAAGAUGGAUGCACGAACUGUACGUUUCUCUGUAUAAGAGCGUCUGCUAAAUGACUCACCACUGUACAUUUCUCUGUAUGAGAGCAUCUGCUAAAUGACUCACCACUGUACAUUUCUCUGUAUGAGAGCAUCUGCUAAAUGACUCACCACUGUACAUUUCUCUGUAUAAGAGCGUCUGCUAAAUGACUCACCACUGUACAUUUCUCUGUAUGAGAGCAUCUGCUAAAUGACUCACCACUGUACAUUUCUCUGUAUAAGAGCGUCUGCUAAAUGACUCACCACUGUACAUUUCUCUGAAUGAGAGUUUCUGCUAAAUGACUAAAAUGUAAGUGAUAUAAAGCUCCUUCAGUUUAAUACAUUUUUUAAGCAGUGGUGUAAAGUACUUAAGUAAAAAUACUUUAAAGUACUACUUAAGUAGU